GUCCGCGAAUUGAGUUGUGGAUUACAAAUGAUACGUUUCUCUUUAAACGUGGGGCAUAACGUAACGUUUGAAGCCCAUCCCUUGGUCGCCUCCUCUCUGACAGAAAAAAGCAGCCGCGAUUACUACCAAUGAUUUACGGAUCAAGCUGCCUGUUCCUCAGCGCGUCUUGGUGACCUGAUGAGGAUUGAUUUACCGAGGAGUGGACCUGAUAUUGAACAAUCGGAAACCGCAAACAUACCUUUAUACUUUGUUCAGAGAUGCCAAUGGAAUAAUAACAAAAGGCUGCACAAUAAAGGCUUUUUUUUAUCCCAAUGAGCGGGUUAAAUUUACAAGUAACAGGCUUCUUGGAGAAAUUCAACGCAGGAAAACACCAUCAGUACUGACUCCAGUAAAUGUUUAUUCUGGAAAUAAUUACAUUUUGCUGGCUGCUGAACGGGAACUGGAACAUCCUGCAAAACCUUACAUAACUCAGCUUUGUGUGGGAGAUCUUCAAGAUGAGUUGAUCAUAUUGGCUAUCCUACAAUUGACACAUUACACGAAAUCAGGACUUUCUGGAUUCAGAGGACUCCUUUGUGGGAAGAAACGGACGGAUGUGUCCUGACUCCCGAAAGCAUCCGAAUGCAAUAAGGGUGUGCUUCCCUCGCCGCCAAAAAAGACCGAAUUUAACCAACAGUAGUUACCUAUUUUCUUGAGCUCUAAUUUAACAGUUAGUGUUUUGGCCAUCGAUUACUUUCAGUAAGAUACUUUCUGCGAGGCUGGCAUGGAAAUACGGUUGCAACAUAAAUAAACAUAUAGGCAAACAAACAUCCCCACAUUAAUCCGUGGAAUUUAUUUCAAAAUAAAGACAAUGGACAUAAAAAGCGAAACUUCGUAGCAUAUUAUAAAUAUAUUUUUUGAAAAAUAAUUCAAAUGCAAAAAGACUGUACCACCCACACCCCAAAUGUAACUGAGAACUUGGCUAAAAUUAUGAAUGACAGAACGCACUGCAUACCGGAGUUGACAGCUGAGGCGGACUUUGAAUUCCCUGCUGCUUGCGCUGACUCCCCCCAAGUCUCUGACGGAAAGGAUGGUUUGUGCAAAACUGCAUUGCUGAAACGUACAGACACCGGAAAUUCAGCAGAAAAUCAGGAUUGGUGUCUGGAAAAUACUCGAGAGGGUAAACAGCAACAAGGGGGAGCGACAGACUCUGUGACGAAGGGGCACCACAACUAUUUUGGCACUAAUGACUAUGCACAAAAAACGGGAGGAGGAGAUACAGUAAUCGUUAAUGCAGAUGACAAACAUAUAGCAACUGAUAGAUGGGUUCGUGAAAAUGUCCAACAACCAAGCACUUUCCAGUUGCUUACGGUUGACCAGACGACAGCACAAAGCAAAUCAAUAAGCAAGAGGGUGACGAAGCAGAUAAACGGUGCGCAGGAGAACGUUCCAUGCAGUCUGGGUUCUUCUGUUUGCAUUUCUGGCGAAUCCAAAGAGGAAAGGCAAUCGGAAAGCGCAUUUUCCGUGUACAAAGAGAUCCAAAUAGUGAGAAGUCAGUGUCAGAUUAAUACUGCCUCUUCCGUGUUGGAGGAGGAGGGGACCGCUGCGCCUGUCACUUAUUGUAUCUCCACGGGACCGGAGCCAACACAUGAGCUCGGUCAUUUAGUCAGUGCUGGAAACACAUCACAUGAGAGGGAAGACGACACAAACACAGUACUGGGAAAUUCGGGGCUGCACUGGAUGCAAGAACGAUGUGAUAGUGGAAAUGGACUGGGAGCCAUAUGUUCUUUAAAAGAGGAUCCAGAUUUAGUGAUUGAAGUAUCUGGAAAGAAAAUCCAAGCGCACAAAUCCGUUUUAGCUGAUAAAAGUGACUAUUUCAAGGCGCGGCAGUCUCGAGACAUUCUAAAGGUUAAAGGGGUAAGUUACAGUACUUUAACUGUUCUGGUAGAUUAUAUUUAUUCGUCCCGAAUGCAGGUGAACAAGCAGAAUGUUGUAGAGGUCAUCACCGGAGCUAAAAUCUUGCAAAUCCCGUCCGCUGUUCAAGCUGCAAUGGAUACAAUGUCGGAUCAGAUCACAGCCGAAAACUGCUAUGAGAUUUUGACUAUAGCUAAAAAGCAGAGGCUAAGUGAACUGAAAGAAACCGCGUACAAAUGCAUGAGCGACAACUUUUUACAGAUAUUAAAGGAUCCUGCAGUGUACGGUCGUUUGACGGGAGCGGAGAGAGAUCUAAUUCUUAAAGGUAGAAUGGAAGGCAAGAAGUCUUUGAUGGUAGCGGAAAUACACGACGCUAAUGUCCGCGUCGGAAGCAGACCUCCCAGCCGAGACAGCAGUCGCCCUCAGAGUCCCUUAUCAUUCGCAACUAUCGAAGAAAACCAUAUGAUCUAUUAUUACAACGAGUCUAAAAAAGAAUGGAAAUCACUGACUCGGAUGCCGGACGAGGUAAACACAAAGGGGUGUGGGAUAUGCACCAUGUACAAUUACCUAUUCGUAGCAGGUGGAAUAAAGGGAUAUGGAGACAAAUGUAAGCUCUCGGACAAGGUAUUCUGCUACAACCCUAUCACGGACACCUGGAGCGAAAUCCGGCCACUGAACCAACCACGGUCACAGCUGAAGCUGGUUUCCAUGGAGGGUUAUCUCUACGCGAUUGGAGGGGAGUGCCUCUUCACCGUGGAGAAAUAUGACCCUAGGAUGGACAGAUGGACCACGGUGGCCCCUCUGCCUAAAGGGGCGUUCGCUGUUGCUCACGAAGCGACAAUCUGCAAUGGUGAACUAUACGUGUCCGGAGGCUCUCUCUUUUAUCGUCUACUCAAGUACGAUCCAAAGAGGGACGAAUGGCAAGAAUGCCCUUACAACAACAGCAGGAAGAAAUCCACCGACAUGGUGGCGUUUAAAAAUUUCAUAUACAGGUUUGACGUUAAUCGUGAACAGGGUGUCAGUGUGUUUAAAUAUAAUACCGUUGUAAAAAUGUGGCACGACAGCGCGUCUCUGCAACAGACCAACCCUUUGCCUUUUAGAUGCGCCGUUAUUGGCAACAACAUUUACUGUGUGAACAAAUCCCAGGUCCUUCAGUUCAUUGUGGAAGAGGAAAACGCACGAUUUGGACCAGAACCACUAAAAGCCCCAUUCGAGGCAAAAGGCGUCCUCUUUCCCUUCGUGUUGAGCCUGCCCGAGAAGGCUGAGACGAGCGCAUGAAGAAGUUUGGAGCUUGCAGUUUCUCCAAACAUUCCAAUCGAGUUUCGCGGAGACUGACAAAUGAACGCGGACACUUGCUAAAUAACUGGUGUAAUCUUUGCGUUAUGGGCAUACGUAUUCCAGAGCUUUUAAGUGUCCUAUUUCGACUGAUUGAGCAAAAAUGAAAUGUUUUUCGUUGCAUGGUUAUAACAAUUAUCACGCAGGGCAUACAUUUAAAAGGACAACUGUGACAUCAUGUAACGAUCAUGACAAAAAUGCAAGUCUUUAUGCAAGAAGUUCGAUUGAGAGUACGUGCAAGAUGGAGUUUAUUUUGUUUAUGUUUAAGUCUUUUUAUAUGUGCUGUUGUUUUGGAUAGAUCAUAUUUUCAAGAAAAUGUGGUGGUUGGCAGCAUCUUGAGGUUCCGAAGAACUGUCAUGCAGUAAUAUGCGUAGGACUAUGCUGCUUUGCAAAACCAUAAAAGCUAUGCAGAACCUCAGCACCACUUAGAAAAUCAAUAUUCUAAAUUUCUUAUGGAAAAAACUGCAUUCGUCAACAUGCCGUCACUUAUGGACCCAACCCCUUAAUACCUCCUUAAUACCAAUAUUAAGUGCUGUUCUAUUGUUAUUUCUCUGUUGUGAAACUGAAGGGUAACAUCUUGAACUAAUUUAUUUAGUUUUUUUAUUGACAGAAUUUGUGGAACUGACUUCAUUACUCGAUACACACCAUAAAACCCACAUAAUUGCUUUCUCAUGCCUUUGAGACACACUUUGGCAAACAAUCUGGAAAACAACCCUGACAGGUAUACUACUUUCUGGUCUGAUAAAACUUAUUCCCAAAAAGUAACAACAGGCGUUGAUCCCUGAAAAAAAGAGCUGUGAAUGUACAGUGGGCUAUUGGAAAUCAUCGUGGAUGUGUUUCACGAGACGGCCGUUUCUAUUUUAGUUUACGGAAGGCCAAACAAAAAUGCCUCGGGAGUCAUCGAUUAAUGCCCAGAGUGGCCUUGCACCUGAGUCGGACCUUUCCGGAACCUGAGCCAGGAAUUAACGCCUGGCUGUAAAAUGUGCUGUACCUGCCCCUGACAGCGCCACACUUGAAGAAGGUCUUUUGACUGGUGAGGCGUGGCUCUGAGAUCGGCAUCAUGCUACUCUGCAUGCUUCGAGCAUUUCUAGGCCGGGUUUCAUCCUUGCUCAGGCUCUCUUUCACUGUUCCUCUGUAAUUCUGACACACGCCCUUCCUCCAGGCUGUGGGGUGGAUCUUGAGCAAUAGGAUUAAUCGGCCCUUCAUAAUCGCUGUGGAAACGACAGUCUCAACGGUUGCUGCCAUUGUGUAACUUCCUAUUUUUCAAAGACAAAAAGAGAAGGUGGUAAUACGUGUUUGACAUCGCCCUCUCCGCUGCAGUGCGCUUUCAGCCCUGCUGAGGGAUCGGGGAUGCAAAGUCAUUCCUACAUACAGCGUUUUUCCUCAUAGGGCGAAUGUUAAAUUCAGAUAGAUAAGAGUCUGUGAAAGCAGUCACUGUAAAUUCAAUUCUGCACACCUCAGCCCCUUAGAUCGCCCGUUACCAUCUCCUCUUUGAUUGGCUGCGUGCCUGUGUUUCGUCCUGCGUAGAUGUGGCUCCACUCUGUGAGACCUUAUGCCAUUGUAGCAAUGCCAGGGUGUAACGGACUCUGCAGCCUUCUACUGAGUGGCACAGUUUACUGAGGGGGGUAGAAUUGUAACCCAGUAGCUCUUCAAUACUGGGGUGGGGGGGGGGAUGGGGUUCAGUGUCAAAGUUAACAGCCUUCAAAAAGGUACUGCUGUGGGUUCUGAGGGGGACUGUUGUGGGACUUACCCCAGAAAAGGUAUAGAUUUUUGUUUUCAUCUUUUUUUUUCUGAGCAGCAACAUUUCUGAAUUUGCUUUUAUUUCAGUAUCACCAUGUUUAAUCAUUCUGCUUUUGUACACAAGCUGGGGUUGUACUUAGCGAGCAGGGUAGACUUAAGUACUCUCCUUUUAUGUCUUUAUUUUUUUUUUCUUUAUGGCCAUAAGUACCGUCACACGUUUGGUAUUUUUUUUUUCUAUGAAGUUGAGCCAAUAGUGAAUGUACAGCUGGGGAAAAUGUGUGUGAUGCGUAAUGUUCUGGUUUAAAAGAAGGGAAUCACAGCUUUUCGGACUAGGCAAAUGAGGACAGGUCAUUUAACUGGAUGUAAUCCUGACUCAUUAGACUGAGAAAGUGUUGGGUUUGGGAAUUUGCUGACACGUACAGUAAAUACAUGGCUUAAAACUAAGUAUCAUACCGUAUAUCACUCUCUGUGCAGGUCAAGGCUAUGUCAAUAAAUGUAUUUAAUAAGAGCUAACACACUGAUAUGAGGCUUUAAAACUGUUGAAUGGUGUAUUACUGUAAAAAUGAAGUGCUGCAAUAAAAUGGUCAUUAGAACCCAAA